UUUAUGCGCGCUCAGUUUGCCGCUUUAAUGGAGCUUCGUUCGGGUUCCCGCCAAAGAGAAUUGGCGCCUUAUCAGUACCCUCGUCCCUCUUGCCCUACCCAUUCAGAUUAUCAUUAUCAUUCUCGGUCUCUCGUCUCUCCUUUGGACACUCCGAGACUUAACCCUAAACUCAGUCACGCAUUUCGUCGAUCUCUAUUUUGGUGAUCCGUCUUUCUGAAUCAGAUUUUCUAGUUCCCGCCGAGUUUCCAUUCGAUACUCCGAGAGCUAGCCCUAAGCUCAGCCACGCAUUUUGUCGAUCUCAUUUUGGUGACUCGUCUUUCUGAAUCAGAUUUUCUAGUUCCCGCUGAGUUUCCAUUGGACACUCCGAGAGCUAGCCCUAAACUCAGUCACGCAUUUCGUCGAUCUCCAUUUCGUGGCUCCGUUAUUCUGAUUUCUGAAUCAGAUCCACUAGUUUUCGGGCAAAAAUUCAGCAACAGUAAGAAGAGCAUAUCUUUUAUUCCAAUGGAGUUAAGAAGUUGCAACCAUUUUCAUUUUAUCAAAGCUGCGGGAGGUGAUUUGGUACCAAAUACUCUGAAUGUGAAUCUUGGAAGGCCAGUAUUCAAAGUCAAGACACUGGAAGACAUAUUUGACACUUUAGAUGCCAAAGAUCAGAAUCUGAUUCUUCAGCCAAAGGUCAAGCUUGAUGGCUUGCUUUCUGAUAGCAGCGGGAUUAAGGUCGAUGGUCCAAGUACAUGUACUUUAGCAAAACGAGUUCUUAUAAGUGAUCCAGAUACUUCUGAGUUUAAUUGCAGUGAUGACGAUGAUGGAAGUAACAGUGACGUGGAUGAUCUUGGUUUUGGUGAGAUGACACUGAAGCAAAUUAAAGAGAACUGCAAAGCAAAGAAAAGAAAACGUUCAAAGUAUGUUCAUUCCAUAACUGAUGAAAGGUGCACACGUUUUAAAUUACAGACCGAUGAAGAAGAAUGUGAUCUCAUGGAAACUCUCAUUACCAUGAAAUCAAAAGUUUCAAAGAAGGCGAAGGCAAAGGAAAAGGGUAAAUGUCGACAAAAUCUUGUCUCUAGUUCCUCUCAAAUUUCUGCUUCAAAUACUAAAGUUGAACAGAUCUCAAGUGAUAUAGAUGUCAUACAAUCUAAAGGAAGUUUUCCUGCACCCAUAACUGUCAAAGUAGAAGUUCCUGAAGUUGAAUCUUUAGAAAGCCAAAGCUCCAUCCUUUUUUCCAGUGAUUCCUCCUUGCUUUAUGACGAUCAGGUGGAUUCUUGUGAGGUAGUUCAGAGAGAAGUGACUAAGAUUGCAACUGACUAUGAUCUGUGCAUCCAAGCACUGUGCUCAGAUGGCCAAAAUGCUAUCUGUUUUUCUGUGGAUUCUUGCGGAGUUGUACACAAAAAAAUGAUUGAGAUUACAGGAGAAUGUGAUCCGGAUUUUGUAGCUCUGCGCUCUGAAAGCCAAAAUGCAACCUGUUCUUUCGGUGAUUCUUCUUUGAUUUAUGACAGUGAGGGGGAUACUUGUGAAGUUGAAACUGAAAUAGCCUUUGAUUGCGACCGGGGAACUCAAAAAUUGAUUUAUGUGACAGGAAAACCUCAGGAUUCUAUUGUUAGUGAAGGGUAUCACGAGUACUCAAAACAUUCCAUUCCUGAGCCUCUUCAGACUUUAGACAACUCUGUCUAUUCCUGUGUGGUAGUGCCCAAAAAAAUUACUGAGCCUGCCACUGAAUGUGUUCCGGGGACCCAAAUGUUGAUUUUUCCGACAGAAGAAUCUGAAUACUGUGUUCAAAAUGAAGCAUGCUUUGAUUACAUGGAAAAUGAUAAUCCUAAGCCAGUUCAGAAUCCAAGUGCCUCAUGUGACGAUAUUAAAAGGGCUGAUAUUUUAGAAAUAAGUAGUCAACUGUGCUCAGAAUUGCCUGUAUUAGAAUCUAAAGGAGAAGGAUAUGUCAAUCAACUUGUUUGUGCCAACAUCUUCCGAGAACCAGUGUUGUCAACCAGUGAUUGUAGACAUGAUGUACUAGAUGAUAUUCCAAGUCCUUCCAGCAAUCAUGUAAUCCCAUGUAACGUGGACAGCAAUGCGAAUGAUCAACUCCCUUCUGUGGUCCAUGGCUGUCUUCAGUACACUGAGUAUGCCAAUGAAAGUGAAGCUAAUGUACAAAAUGAAGACAACAUAGAUGAUUCAAUUCAUAAUCUUCAAACCAGUCCUGAUAGCUGGGUUGCUCCGUCUGUUGAUGAUUCACCUACAAAUGACGACAAGCAAUCUGAGGACACCAUAGAUGAUUCAAUUCAUAAUCUUAAAACAAGUCCUGAUAGCUGGGUUGCUCCAUCUAUUGAUGAUUCACCUACAAAUGACGAAAAGCAAUCUGAGGAGCUUGUGAUUUCAGAAGGUGGUGAGCCCUACUACCAAGAUUCAAAGUUGAAUUGCCCUCCUCAAAGGCUCCUGUCAACAAGAAAGGUUAUUUCUCCUGAUUCUCAAGAAAAAUUGUGUCAGGCUGUGGAGUCAAUUGAGUUGCGUGUGGAAGAACAUUACAGACCUAAGAAGAAACUGUGCUUUACACAACAGACUGAGAAGAAAACCAAAAUCUCUAAAGCUGAAAGGUCUGGUCAGGUUGCUAGAGUUAGAUUUUCAGCGAACCAUAAGCAAAGCGCUGUGAAACCAAAGAACGAGGGGAGACUCACCCAACCUGAAGGUGACCAUAAGGGUCCUCAUCAUUCUAAUGUAUCCCCACGCUUUAGUACUGGGUGCACUUCCAUAGAAACUUGUUCACAAAAUGCAAUUGCUUUUUCACAACGCCAGAUGCAAGACAUGGAAUGUCUUGCAACUAAGCUCACAAAUGAGUUAAAGACCAUGAAGAAUUUUGUAGAAGAUAGAUUGCUUCCUGAAGCCUGUCCAGCUACGUCCUUGAAGUAUAAGCCCAGUGAGUUGAGAAUGGCCAUAAAGAAUGCAAAUAGAGCUGAACAAUUAGCUCAAAGAUGGCUAUCUAUAAUGGCUAGGGACUGCAACCGUUUCUGUAAAAUCAUGAGAUUGACUGAAAAUGAAUCUGGUGCUCCUGAACGUGAAACUGUUGUAAACAAAGAGAAGAAAAAGAUAACGUUUGCUGAUGAAGCUGGCGAAGAGCUUUGUCAUAUCAGGCAUUUUGAGAAUGAGUCAUCGUUGGAACCGAAUACCCACGAUUUGGUAAAUAAAUGAAACGUUAAUACCCAUUCUUGUUGUACAUUUGCCCUGGAGCAAAUAAGUUCCAUUUUUCUUCUGAUGCUACUUUUCAUAUGAACUAUUCACUAUCCUUGUCCAUCUAAUGCUUUGAUUUGUUAUCUCUACUGUUUUUCAUCGAGAUAGGAAAAACCUGUAACGCUGUACCAAAGAAAAAUAAUACACUGAAGCUUCUUAAC